AUGAAGCUGAUAGUUUUCGUUGUGGCCCUGCUCGGCGCGGUGGUCGCUGAAGAGCAAAUCGCUCUCAACUACCACGAGGCUGUUGGUAUUCCUCUGGCUGCCAGCAUCAGGAGGUCGGAGGAGGCUGGAGACUUCGAUGGCGCGAGGAUCGUGGGAGGCUCGGCGGCGAGUCUCGGUGAUCAUCCUCAUUUGGGCGGUCUGCUCAUCACGCUGACCAGCGGCUCCACCUCCGUCUGUGGAUCUUCUCUCCUCACCAACACGCGCGGCCUCACCGCGGCCCACUGCUGGUGGGACGGCUGGAACCAGGCCACCCAGUUCACUGUGGUCUUCGGCUCUCUGCUCCUCUUCUCCGGCGGCACCAGGGUCACCACCAACUCCGUCGUCCUCCACGGCAGUUACAACAUCAACAACUUGAACAAUGACAUCGCUGUUAUCAACCUACCUUUCGUUAGCUACACGAACAACAUCCAGCCAGUGGGUUUGCCUGUCAACCAGCUCAGUAACACCUUCGCCGGCAACCUCGCGUGGGCGGCCGGCUUCGGCAGGCGGUGGGACUCUCAACCCAUCACCAACACCCAGUACCUGAGCCACGUGCAGCUGACGGUCAUCACCAACGCGGUGUGUGCGUCCACCUAUGGUACAUCCACGGUGGUGGCCUCCACCAUCUGCACCAGCGGCACCAGCCUCCAGGGAACCUGCCAGGGUGACUCCGGCGGACCGCUCUGGUUGUGGAUCGGAGGCCAACGGAUUCUCAUCGGUGUGACGUCGUUCGUGGCGGCCGCCGGCUGCCAGGUAGGCCUGCCCGCCGGGUUCGCUCGCGUCACCUCCUUCGUGCCCUGGAUACAAGACAGACUCUGA